GUUCCGCAUUCCGGAGCCUCGCAGACCAGAGCAGUACUUAAACGGGCUGAUGCAACGACUCCAGCUAGUCCCAAGACCUACAUCCGACUCACAACACCCGCACCGACACAUUAUUACUGCGGAUUUUUGGACGCACAACAGCGUCCGAACACAGUUGCAUCAUUGACAGAAGACGACUGACAAGUUUUCUCUGACGGCGGUGGUGGCCGGGUCGGACAUGAUGCCGGGACAGAUACCUGACCCUUCGCUGGCGGCGGGUUCCCUGCCCAGCCUGGGCCCGCUGGCGGGCAUCUCGGCCACCACACUCACUGAUCAACUCAAGCUGGCCGACUUUCGACAGCUGGGCACCAUGCUGUCUCCGCUGCAUUUCCUGGGGAGGCUGGGGAAGAGGCCGCUGGCCAUCAAAACAGAGAUGGAUGAAGAUGAGGAACGAAGGAAACGGAGACGAGAGAAAAACAAGGUAGCAGCAGCGCGAUGCCGAAACAAAAAGAAGGAACGGACUGACUUCCUUCAAAGGGAAUCGGAGCGUCUGGAGAUGGUGAACUCGGAGCUGAAGGCCCAGAUCGAGGAGCUCCGUCUAGAGAGGCAGCAGCUAAUGGUGAUGCUCAACCUCCACCGGCCCACCUGCAUCGUGAGGACCGACAGCGUCAAAACACCCGAGAGUGAGGCCAACCCCCUGCUGGAGCAGCUGUCCCCCGACGCCAAGUGAAACCAGGAAACCAGGGACGCGGAGUCCCUGAAGCCCAGACUUGCAUCACCCUGUGAAAACAAGAAAUCUCUUUCAGCUGAGCAGUAUUUCAAUGUCUGUUCUGGACCUGUAUCUGCUAUGUAUGACUCUGAUACAGGUGAGGUUUCCUGUGGUGUGAUGGAUCAGUAUGAGGAGGACAGUGACGUUCUCCAGCUCAGCGAGGAGCAGCAAGAGGAGGAGCAGCAGCCAACUGAUCCGUCCAUCCUGCCCACAACCCAGGUCCAAGAGAGUGACAGUGGCGAUGAGUACGACACUGAUCUGGAAUCAGACAAUGCCAAUCAAAGAAAGAGUUAUUCCCGUGCUGAGUCGUACCUCCAGGCCUGUCAGUGGACAGGGGCCGUUCCCGUUUCCUCUUUCCUCCGCAACCUGGAUGAACCCAAUCUCAACCUGAACCACUAUGGUGUGGGUCCUGUGGGGGCCAAAGCUCUGGCUGUAGCUCUGCAGAGUGACACUGUCAUCACCAACCUUGAGCUGGAAGAUAACGGACUCGGGGCAGAGGGGGCGCGCUAUUUGAUGGAGAUGCUUCAAAGAAACAUCACCAUUCAGAGUCUAAAUCUGUCCAACAACCAGCUGCGCUUUGAAGGAGCGGACAUAAUCUCCAAAAUGCUGUUAGACAAUUACUACAUCAAAUACCUCAAACUCUCCGGAAAUGAUUUUGAUGAUUCUGCUGCUAAGUGCUUUACUGAAGCUUUAAAGGUUGAUAAUGUGGUCCAAGAGCUGGACCUCAGUUACAACAAGUUCUGUGCUGGAGGAGAACACCUGGGUCAGAUGUUAGGUACAGUAGUUCAUUUAUUGACUGUAUUAGAAGAAACUACGAGAGUGAUUCAUUUAAUUUAUCUCCAAAUUAAAUGUUUAUUCUUUUUUUAUGUAAGAAAAUAUAAACUGAAAUAAUACAACAGCCAUUGUGCAUAUUUUCUUUCAAAAAGAUGAUAAAACUGUGUUUGGGUAUAUUGUUGGACUGACAUCCAGGCUUUAAGUCUCUGUUUACAACGACAGCAGUUAACUUACAUCUGAGAGGUGCUACUGACUGCAGAACGUCUGUAUAGCUUACAAAUGUUGAUAUAAGGAUUUUAUUUGGCUUUGAACUUGUAAAAUAUUUCUUUAAAUCAAAUUUUCUGGUUAGUGCAAUUUAGGAGGUUAUGUCAGAAAAAGCUUUUUUGGAUCCACUGCGUAGGAACAUUGCAACCACUGGAUCUUAAUGAGUAUUUCGACUUGAGUGUUGUGCUGUGAUUGAACUAUAAUAGAACACUUGAAAUUGAAACUUUAAUGUUCGAUGUUUCGCUUGUCGUCUCUAUAGUUAGUCUUUAGCGUGUAGUCCAUCAUGCCUUGGACUACAAUUCCCUUGAUGAAGACACUCAAGCCCAACUGAUUGACACAAGUGUUCUGCAUUAAGGCUAAUCAAGUGAUGUUCUUUUAACUUUGUGUACCGCUGCUUCCACUUUCCACAUGUUCUGCCUCGAAGCAGGUCUCUCAAAAUAAAUACGAUUCUUGCUCAGA